AUGACGGGAACAUCGGAAGAGGUUGUAACUCUUCUGCCACUACCGCCAUCUUCUUCACGUCAUCAUAGUUAUACUUCUUCACAUAGACAACGACAUUCCUCUUUGUCGCCUGUACUUUCUACAAAAAUUAUGGUUAAUAAAUUAACAAAAAAUGUCAAAGAAGCUCAUUUACAAGAAAUAUUUGGUGCAUUUGGUAGGAUUAAUCGAAUAGAAGUAUUGAUUGACGAAAAAUUAAAGCCAACUAAACCAAACUUCUCUAAACUGAGUUUUUUGGGAAGCUAG